AUGAAGAUUAUCGAUGAUGAACAUGUCCUCCGGGAAGGAUUCCACCAUUUCGAAGAAGCCGACAUCAGUGGAUACGAUGUAAUUCUGGGUAUGCCAUGGUUGAAAGCUGCGAACCCCAACAUUGACUGGGUGCGAAGAUGCUGGACCUAUAGGAAAGCGUCAAAUAUUAGUCACGUGCACCUAGAUACCGCUAAGGAAUUUGCAACUUUAAUGGACAACAGCAACAUCAUAUUCGCCGCCUUUCCAUUGCGAGCUGCGCACGCAGCGACUGAGCCAAAUAUCCCGGAUGAUUAUAAGGAUUAUCUUGAUGUAUUCCGAGAAGAUAUACCUGACGCGGAACACGCACCCCACGAUCAUGCCAUAGAUCUCAAACCUGGCAAGGAACCACCGUACCGACCGAUAUAUAACCUGUCACCUCAAGAACUCUCUAUCCUCCGAGAAUAUAUUGAAAAGGCAUUAGAGAAGAAUUGGAUACGCCCGUCCAAGAGCCCAGCCGGUGCCCCAGUAUUAUUCGCACCGAAGAAAGACGGAACCCUGCGUCUUUGCUCAAGAAUCGGUAUCCGCUGCCCCUGA